AUGACGGUUGGCUUGGAGGGCUGUCCUCCGGAGAUCUUCGAAAGCAUUGUCAGACUGCUAGGUUUGACAGAUGUGGGCAACCUCCGCCUGACGAGCAGAUGCCUUCGCUCAAAAGCGACACAGGGCCAGUUCCGGUCCUGCUUCUGGUCCAAGCGCGUCAAAGUCACCGGCCCUGAGCUCGAAAAUCUCGCAAUUCUAACGCAGCGCGGUUGGCUCGGAUGCGAAAUAAACGAUCUCACGCUCGUGGGAGCUGUGAACAACACUGAGAGACUCGAAGAAGCUGUGUGGGCAAAUCCAGAUGAUCCGAAAAAGACAGACCUUGAAACCCUCCAGCAGCGACGGCGAGAUUAUGAGCGACAACUAGAGUCAGGAGAGCUCGUUCAUAUCCUAGGCAAUGUUUUCAAGAACAUAGCGGCAAAUAACUCUACCGGAAAGCUUUGCUCCUUGUCUCUUGAAGUCAUAGUUUAUCUUUCAAAUGCGAAAGACGAACUCGCUCCUCUUGCUGGCGGACCCUGGAGACCUAUCUGGCAGAUGGCUGCGGAGACACACCGAAUUGUCUUCUCGGCACUAAAGGACAGUAACCUUGAAAUUGACAGCUUGAACAUCUUCAACAGGGCCGGCCUGCACCGCUGCAGCAUUGCCGGUAACGAGCUCAGCAGCAUUGACUAUGCCGCCGAAGGACUCAUUAUACCGCUCCGCUCCCUGGAGUCCCUAUCGAUCAGUGUUUCAGAGCGCAUUUUGCACGUAACACUAGAUGAUCUUCUCAACGACGACUCGGAGUACGAAGUCACCUCGGAGGAUGAGGACCGGGCCCGGGAAGAAGCCACGAUGAAGACAAACGAUGAACGCAACUUUACGGGCCUGCCAAGUCUAAUCCAAGCCUGUAGAAACCUUAAACACCUGGACGUCCACUACUGUCGACUAAAACUUGGGCAUCCGUUCGCGAACAUUCCGAAUGAGCGGCUCUUCCGGCGCAUAGCUGCCCUAGACACCCUGCCCCAAUUAGAAGACUGCGGGCUUCGCGGUGUCUCUCUCACGGAGGACGACCUGCUUGCUUUUCUCAGACGUCUCUCUUCCUCUCUCCGCCGCCUCGAGAUGGAAACCAUCACCAUGACGUCUGGGACAUUCGGGUCUAUCUUCGAGCUUCUUACUGCUACCAGUACCAGUAUCAGUACCAGUGCUGUUGCCGAUGCCGCUGACGCUGCCCCCUUUCCGAACCUGCAGUAUCUAUACCUUGACACCCUUAAAGUCGGAAGAGACCUGGUCUUUUUCACGGGCGUUGGCAAACCGAGAUACCCCAUUAAUCAUUGGCAGCCCGCACAUGGAGGCAAUACAUUGUCAAGGAAGGGCAAGGAGGACAUCAAGAGGCCGAUUCCAUAUCAUGUGCCAACUAACUCGGGUCCUGUUGGCUCUCCUUCCUAUCAGCAAUGGUUGCGGGAUCAGCGGAGGAUUUACGGGCCUCCAUAA